CCCCAAUCCUUUUUUUGGAUCUCAGACUCAAGGUCCUAGAGGAGGGGAGAUCUCUGAUCUUUGGCUGAGAUAGCCCAGUGAGAGAAUCCCAGAGGCCUUUCUCCCUUUCCUGAAUGUCUGGGCAAGGAGGGCAGGAUCUUGGUUUCAGGGUCUCAGUACCCCCUGUGCCAUUUGAGCUGCUUGUGCUCAUCAUCUCUAUUAAUAACCAUCCUCCCUCCCCCACUGCCAGUGCUGCCCCUACGCUGCCCAGCUCAGGUUCUCAGGUCACAGCAGCUCAGUCCUUCAAAGCUGUUGGACCCCAGGGAGAGCUGACCACCAACUGAGCAGCAGGUCAAAUCCAUCUCCACAAUGCCGCUCUCAGGAACCCCAGCACCUAACAAGAGGAGGAAAUCCAGCAAGCUGAUCAUGGAACUCACUGGAGGAGGACGGGACAGUUCAGGUCUGAACUUGGGCAAAAAGAUCAGUGUCCCUAGGGACGUGAUGCUGGAGGAGCUGUCACUGCUUACCAACCGGGGCUCCAAGAUGUUCAAGCUGCGGCAGAUGCGGGUGGAGAAAUUUAUCUAUGAGAACCACCCUGAUGUCUUUUCUGACAGCUCAAUGGAUCACUUCCAGAAGUUUCUUCCCACAGUGGGAGGACAGCUGGGUACAGCUGGUCAGUUUUCCUACAGCAAGGGGAGCAGUGGUGGAGGCCAGGCAGGGGGCAGUGGCUCUGCUGGACAGUAUGGCUCUGACCACAACCAUCAUCAGGGCUCUGAGUCUGGAGCUGGGGGUGCAGGUGGUCCUGGGGGCCAGGCUGGCAAAGGAGGAGCUGCUGGUGCAGCAGGAGUUGGCAAGCCAGGAUCAGGUGACCAGGCAGGCGGAGAAGGAAAACAUGUCACGGUGUUCAAGACUUAUAUUUCCCCAUGGGAUCGGGCCAUGGGAGUUGACCCUCAGCAAAAAGUAGAACUUGGCAUUGACCUGUUGGCAUAUGGGGCCAAAGCUGAACUUCCCAAAUAUAAGUCUUUCAACAGGACAGCAAUGCCCUAUGGUGGAUAUGAGAAGGCCUCCAAGCGCAUGACCUUCCAGAUGCCCAAGUUUGACCUGGGGCCUCUGCUGAGUGAACCCCUGGUCCUCUACAACCAGAACCUCUCCAACAGGCCUUCUUUCAAUCGAACACCUAUUCCCUGGUUGAGCUCUGGGGAGCCUGUAGAUUACAACGUGGAUAUUGGCAUCCCCUUGGAUGGAGAAACAGAGGAGCUGUGAGGGGUUUCCUCAAGGAAUUAGCAUCAUUUCCCCUCUCUGGUUCCAAUUUGGAGAGGGAGUGCUGAACAGGAUGCCGCUGCUGUUAUUCCAGUAUCCUUGUGGCAACAGAGGGAAAGAGGCGGGAGAGAUUUGCCUUUCAGUCCUUCACUCCAACUCCCCGCUCCAAAGCAUCCCUCCUCACUAACUCCGAGCUCCUAUUCUAUUUGUUCCAUAUGGAAAUUGUUCUUUUAUGGAAUUUUCUCUGCCAUCAGUCAAUAAACUUCAAGAAAAUGAACUCA